CGUCACGAGACUCUCUCCCAUAAACUGCGAAAAGAAGAGAGGAGAGAGAUUGGAAGCUGCAGUGAAGUCGCCGGCGCCGCCGCGACAGGAGGAGGAGAAGCAGCGGGGUCCGGCGAUCUCGACGGCGGCGCUGCGGUGAGGGAGGAAGCGGAGGCGCGGCAGGAUGCACUCGUUCGGGCACCGCGCGAACGCGGUGGCGACGUUCGCGGUCACCAUACUGGCCGCGAUGUGCUUCGCCGCCUCCUUCUCCGACAACUUCAACACCCCCGCCCCCACCGCCUCCGUCAAGAUCUUGAACAUAAACUGGUUCCAGAAGGAGGCAAACGGCAACGACGAGGUUAGCAUGACACUGAACAUCUCGGCGGACCUUUCGUCUCUGUUCACGUGGAACACAAAACAGGUGUUUGUCUUUGUGGCGGCUGAGUAUGAAACUCCACAAAAUGCUUUGAAUCAAGUAAGUCCCGACGAUGGUUAUACUGAGUUGAUACCCAUUCCUGUGGGGCAUUACUGGUGUUCUGCUGGGGACAGUAGUGCAAUUUCAUGCAGUUGCCAUUUGCUUCUGGAUUGCAGUAAUGAUGUUAUAUAUAACUUUCUUCUUAGUCUAUUUGUCAACUUUUCGCCAGUAUAUGUAAAUCUAGAUGAACUUGAAGUUUAUGUUACGACUUACGAGGUAAAUUAGGACUGUUAGGUUAAUCAGUGCAUGUCCUUCUAAAGCCAGCUGAGCUAAACAUGGUCGAAAGAAACAUCAGUAAUUGGUAAAAUUCCUAGCUUGAUGGCAGUUGGCCCAAAUUACCGUUUUACUUCCAGAUCGAUAAUGUACUUGAUCUAAGCUUGGUCAUUUGCAUGAUUAAUGCUGUUUCCCCAAACUUUCGGUGAGAGGAGUGAGCCUAGACUCUAUGUUUCUGUUAUAUAAUCUUACGACUUAAUGGAGACUACCAGCAUGAUGUUCAUUCCUACCCAAUUGAAUCAUUUUAUUGCCUUGCUGAUAUUCUAUUAUAUUCCAGAUUUUUCCUCUU